AGAAUCUAAAUAUAAACCACUAUUGUUGAUUAAUCCAUUAUACUUAAUCGUAUCAAGUUAAGCUUAAACAAUUAAAAUAAUGGAAUUUAAGAUGCUUUUUAUAUCUUCCAAUCACUUUCUACCCCAUUCUUGAUUAUCAUAUUAAUCAGUCAACUGUUCCAACUGACAUGCACAACAUGCUUGGUUAUGUUUUGCUAUAUUAUUUGGUAUGCAAUAUAGACUAUGUACUUUGUGAGGACGCAUGUGCAGCUUUAAGCAUACAAAAUGGCAUUGUUGAAGUAACACUUGGGUAUACAUUGGGUAGUGUUGCUACAUUUACAUGUAACAACGGCUACUACAUAAUUGGACCAGCAUCUAAAACAUGUAAACUUAAUAAAAAUGGAAGACCCAUAUGGCUUCCUGGAAGAAUCCCAGUAUGCUGGGAGGAAGGUAUCAUAGAGCACUGUCCAUUACUGCCUCCACUACCAGACCACCUCAGUAUAACAACAGAGUCAUAUCAUGAAAAUGGUAUUUACAAGCCAAAGGAUCAUGUUUGGUUUUCAUGUGAUGAUGGUUACUUCCUAAGUGGCACAACAUACAUGAAAUGUAAGAGCAGUUUAAGGUGGAAAAAUAGUGUGCCAACAUGUACAGAAAUCACUUGCCCAGAUAUCUCCCCACUACCAGACAGAUUGUUCAUCACAGAAGGGGUCUCAAUUAACAAUAGCUGGGGCAAUCAGGUCUCUUUUAAAUGUGCAGCAGGGUAUUAUAUAAAUGGGCAUGCCACAAUAACAUGUAUAGAUGGCACUGAUCCUACAAUGGCUGUAGGACGUUGGAGUGACCCUCUGCCAACAUGCGAAGCUAUAAACUGUUCUAUCCUGGGUGAUUGCAAUGGCCAUGGUACUUGUAUAGGACCCAAUGUGUGCCAGUGCCAGAGUGGAUGGCAGGGAGAUGACUGUAGUCAAGCUGAAUCAUGUGAUGUACUUCCAUAUAUUCAAAAUGGCUAUAUAACAUACUCCUACUGGGUCUUGGGUGUGGGAAUAACUGCAACAUAUGCAUGCUAUUCUCCCUAUCAUCUAAAUGACCCAAGCCUAUCCAUGCGUGAAUGUACAAAUAAUGGAAAUAAUCUUAUAUGGGAUGGCAAAGCCCCAGAGUGUGUAGCACUCAAAGCAUGUAGCACAUUACCAUUCAUUCCUAAUGGUAACAUUAAAUACUCGGAUGACAGAAAAGUCCCUGGAAGUGAAGCACAUUAUACAUGUAGACCUCCAUAUGUGAUAAGUGAUCCAUCUAAAACCAUGAGGAGAUGCACUGAGGAAUUAGUUUGGGAUGGAACAACACCUGAAUGUAAAAUAUCUGUUUCCAAUACCUGCUGCUGUCCGAAGCUGCCCUCGUGUCUCCAUGGUUACGUUAAUGUGACAGGCUAUGAGGUGGGUGACACUGCCAAAUAUGGUUGUUACCAAGGUUUCAUACCAGAUGGUGUCAGGGAAUGCAUGCCUGGUCUACAGUGGUCUGGGUCACAUACUUGUUGUAAGCAAGACAUAAGCUGUGAUGUGACUCUGAAAGAAUAUUAUUUUCCCGAUCUGACAAACUGCACCCAGUAUUACCAUUGCAGCGUAGAAGGAGUGGCUGAACUUAAGGUCU